AUGGAUUUCAUCAAUAAGAUCACGGGUAGCAAAGACGAAAAUGAGGAGAAGACCCCAGAGAAUGGGCAGCAGAAGCCCAACGCCGGUUUUUUGGACAAACUCAACUCCGUAGCUGGCGGUGGUAAAGAAAGCGAAAAGAGCGAAGAUGCCCUCGAUAAAGGAAUUGAUUGGGUACAAGAGCACGUACUAGGUCAAGGAGACCAGAGUAACGAGAGUGCUGUUGAGCAAGCCAAGGAUGAGCAGAUCUCCGAUUAUAUUCGUGACCAGUACAAGAAGACAACGGGUUCAGACAUCCCAGUUAAGGAUAAGGAACGCUUCUAA